UGGGCUAAGCCAGGCACACAGUGCCGGAGAAGAUGCCCUCUUGGGCCCUCUUGGCGGUCACCUCCUGCCUCCUCCUGGCCCCCCAAAAUCUGGCACAAGUCACCAACAAAGAUGCCUCCUUUCUGGCCUCGGAUUCAGAGCCCCUGAACUGUUUCUCUCGAACAUUUGAGGACCUCACUUGCUUCUGGGAUGAGGAAGAGGCAGCACCCAAUGGAACAUACCAGCUGCUGUAUGCCUACCCAGGGGAGAAGCCCCGUGCCUGCCCCCUGAGUUUCAAGAGCAUGCCCCCCUUUGGAACCCGAUACGUGUGUCAGUUUCCAGCCCAGGAUGAAGUUCGCCUCUUCUUUCCGCUGCACCUCUGGGUGAAGAACGUGUUUCUGAACCAGACUCUGACCCAGCGUGUGCUCUUUGUGGAUAGUGUGGGUUUGCCAGCUCCCCCAGAUAUCAUUAAGGCUUCAGGCGGGAUCCAGCCAGGGGAACUUCAGAUCAGCUGGGAGACCCCAGCUCCCGAAAUCAGUGAUUUCCUGAGGCAUGAACUUCGCUAUGGCCCCAAGGAUCCCAGGAAUUCCAUUGGUCCCACAGUCAUGCAGCUGCUGCCCACAGAAACUUGCUGUCCAGUUCUGCAGAGACUGAACCUGGUCCCAGCUCUGCACCAGCCUCCAUGUGCUCAGCCCAUGAUGCCCCAACAGGAUGGACCAGAGCAGACGUCCCCAACUAGAGAAGCUUCAUCUCUAACAGUGAAGAGUGGAAGCUGCCUCAUCUCAGGGCUUGAGCCUGGUAAAUCCUACUGGCUCCAGUUGCGCAGCCAACCCGAUGGGGUCUCCCUCCUUGGUUCCUGGGGUUCCUGGUCCCUCCCUGCAACCGUGGACCUGCCUGGUGAUGCAGUGGAAAUUGGACUGCAGUGCUUUACCUUGAACCUGAAGAAUGUUACCUGUCAGUGGCAGCAACAGGACCAUGCUAGCUCCCAAGGCUUCUUCUUCCACAGCAGGGCACGGUGCUGCCCCAGAGACAGGGACCCCAUCUGGGAGAAGUGUGAAGAGGAGAAAAAUCCAGGAUUACAGCCCUCCCAGUUCUCCCGCUGCCACUUCAAGUCACGAAACGACAGCAUUAUUCACAUCCUUGUGGAGGUGACCACAGCCCAGGGUGCUGUUCACAGCUACCUGGGCUCCCCUUUCUGGAUCCACCAGGCUGUGCUCAUCCCCACUCCAAACUUGCACUGGAGGGAGGUCUCCAGUGGGCAGCUGGAAGUGGAAUGGCAACACCCAUCAUCCUGGGGAGCCCAAGAGACCUGCUAUCAGCUCCGCUACACAGGAGAAGGCCAUCAAGACUGGAAGGUGCUGGAGCCGCCUCUCGGGGCCCAGCGGGAGACCUUGGAGCUCCGCCCGCGCUCUCGCUACCGCCUACAGCUGCGCGCCAGGCUCCACGGCCCCACCUACCAAGGGCCCUGGAGCGCCUGGUCAGAGCCGGUGCGAGCAGAGACCACCUCCGACUCCGCUUGGAUCUCCUUGGUGACCGCUCUGCUCGUGGUGCUGGGCCUCAGCGCCCUCCUGGGCCUGCUGGUGCUGAGGUGGCAGUUUCCUGCGCAUUACAGGAGCCUGAAGCAUGCCCUGUGGCCCUCCCUUCCAGACCUGCACCGGGUCCUAGGCCAGUACCUUAGGGAUACUGCAGCGCUGAGUCCGCCCAAGGCUGCAGUCUCGGAUGCUUUUGAGGAGGUGGAACCCAGCCCCCUUGAAAUUCUACCCAAGUCCUCAGAGAAGAUCUCCAUGGCCCUGUGUUCCUCCCAGACCCAGAUGGACUACCGAGGAUUGCCCCCUUCUUGCCUGGGGACCAUGCCCCUGUGUGUGUGCCCACCCAUGGCUGAAUCGGGGUCCUACUGCACCACCCACAUCGCCAACCAUUCCUACUUACCUCUGAGCUGCUGGCAGGGCCCUCUCUCCCCGUACUCUGGACAGAUCCAAACUGGCCAGACCUCUUUUCCCAACCUCCCUACCCACCCCAUCCCCUCAACACAAACAUCUCGGACCUCACGUCCAUCCCCCUCUGUCUGUCCUCAUAGUUGGACUCCCUGACACUGACAAUAUUUGGUACUGCUGCAGACAUAAAGCCAAGACUCUCCCUCCUCACGCCAGGUUCACUUGACUAAGCUCCUCUAACUCACCUGCUUUUUCUCUCCUCCCUAAUGCUCCACUCCUUGAAAAGACAUCUCCACAUCCCCACUUCCCAUUUGAUUUUCAGACAGCUUCAGUUCAUUCCCCUGCUUUGCUAAGGAAACAACUCGGGCAGGGUUCACAUCAAAUAUUGUGAUUGCAAGGUCCGGUAGGAUCUUGUCAAUCCUCAAUUUAUUUGAUCUCUCUGUGGCAUCUGUCAUCGUGACUACUCAUUCCUCCUUUAAAUUCUCUCCUACCUUGGCUUCUAUAGUAUCACCCUCUCUCCUGGCUCUGAGUAUAUGAGUAGUUAAAAGCAUAAACUCUGGAGUCAGAGCUGGGUUCAAUUCCUCUCUUACCCACUUGCUAGCUGUGUGACCUUGGGCAUAUAACUUAAAGUCUUUGUACCCUGAUUUUCUCAUCUAUAAAACAGGGAUAAUGCCAGAAGCUCACAGAGUUGUGAAGAGGAUAAGUGAGCUAGUCUAAGUGCCUUGGACAUAGUAUGUUUAUAUUUGAACUUCUGUAAUUAUUCCUUCCUGUUCUCUUAUCCUGGCAUCUCUCCCACCCCUUAAUUACUGUAGUUACUCAAGAGUCCACUGCCUUUCCUGUAAGCUGACCACCUCAAAGUUCUUAUCUCCAGCCCUGAUUUCUGUCAUCCCUGUGCUUCUUUAUGCAAAUAACUGUUUACUUGUCUGUCUCCUACUACUAGGCUGUGAGCUCCUUGAGGGCCAGGGCUGUGAUUUCGUUGUCUUUCCCCACCACCAAGAUCAGUGCUUGGUGCAUGAUAGUAGGCUUUCAAUAAAUGUUUUCUAAAUGAAGGAAAUCUUUCUGGAUAGUGCUAUCUUCACCCUAUGGCAAGCGCCCUCAUCCUCUAGGCCAUUCAUUUGCAGCAGUAAAUGUGCUUAGGCUGGGGGAAACUGGAUGGCUAUGUCAGUUAAGUGUCUGCCUUCCACUCAGGUCCUGAUCUCAGGGUUCUGGAAUCAAGCCCCUCACUGAGCCCCAUUUUGGGCUCCCUGCUUGGUGGGGGGUCUAUUUCUCUUUCUCCCUUUGCCUCCCCUCCUUGUGCAUGCAUACACACAAACACUCUCUCACUCUCUCUCUCUCUCUCUCUCUCUCUCUGAUAAAUAAAUAAAAUCUUUAAAAAAGAAUGUGCUUAGGCCAUUCUGGUUAUGGAUUCCCCUUACUCAUUCAAAUUCGCAAAAAUAUGGUAUUUUUUGUUUGCUCCAGACAUACCCACUGUAUUAAUCAGGGUCUUGGCAGAAAUAGAUGACACAUUCAAACUGGGCAUCUUGAUGAGAGUUUAAUAAAGGGCAUAUUUGUAAAGAUAAGGCAGGUUUUAGGAAAACCCUGAAGAAAGAGUGCAGUACCUCAGGACUAACCAGAACUGGGAGUUGGUACCACCCCUAGGUAUCCAGGGGUAAGGGGCAAUUGUGGUUACUAGAUCUAGAGAGUCACUCUAAGAGAAGGUUGCCUGACUGGAGUGGUGACCUUUGAUAGAGAGCCAAACUGUGAGGACAUGGUAGCGAGGGAUUCAGGGGAAUACAUAGCUUAGACCCCCUCUCCCUCCACCCUCUGUUCUCCUCUGUAUUAGUUUGCCAGCACUGCCCUAACAAAGGACCACAAAGCUGGUGGCUUAAACAACAGAAAUGUAUUAUCUCACAGUUCUAGAGGCUAGAAGUUCAAAGUGUCAUUAGGUUUGGUUCCUUCUGAGAGCUGUGAGGAAGAGUCUGUUCAUGCCUCUCCACUAGCUUCUAGUGGUUCCCUGGCAAUCUUGGUAUUCCUUGGCUUGAGGAUGUAUCACCCUCAUCUCUGUCUUUAUCGUCACAUGGCAUUUUCCUUGUAUGUCUGUGUUCAACCUUCCCCAUUUUAUAAAGACACCAGUUUCACUAGAUUGAAUGACCUAAAUGACCUCACCCAAAUGAUCUCAUCUUCACUAAUUACAUCUGCCAUGAUCUUAUUUUCCAAAUAAGUUUCCACUGUGAAGUACUGGAGCUUAGGAAUUCAACAUAUGAAUUUGAGGGGGGGGGAAUUUAAUCCAUAGUAUCCUUCCAUUGGUGGAAUCCAAACAGAAACCAACCCAAGGGAAUCCAUUGAUAUAAGCCCUAUACCUCAGCCUCACAAGGCACAGGCCAUGGUAGAGAUGGAUGGAAGAGUAGGCCUGAGUGGGACAGAUGGAGGAUAUCCAAUAUACUCAUUGUUCCACAUUUCCUUCCCCUAGCCAUGGUCAAGGCUCCGACUGCAGUGCUAGGGACUCAAGACGAGGAUUGAGAUCCAAACCACUGAACUUCUCAUCUUGUCACUCACUCAGCCAUCAUGUCCUGACCACUUUUACUUCCUAGGGUCCAUCUCCUCUGUCUCCACUGAACUAUUGCUACAGCCUUCUAACUAAUAUCUUUGCCUCCAGGAUUUCUCUUUAAACUCAACCUGUAUGGUGCUUCUAGAUUGAUCUUCCUAUUCAUCCCACUCCAUACCCCUAAAUCUCCAGCUUCACUCUGCAGCAGCUGACCUCUUCUUCAUCUAGUCUUUCCCUAUGUUAGGAUUAAAAGUAUCAAAAUAAUACCAAGCACAUAGUCAAUACUCAAUGUUUAUUGAGCUAUUUUUAUUAUCAUCCCAACUGUGCUGGUCUACCAUCUAGAUGCCACCUAUAUUUUAUUCCUUCCAGGCCCUUUGCUUUCCUAGACUCAAGUCCUUUAGGUGGGAGUCUUCCACCUAACCAGUUCCUUGGCUUCUAAUUACACAUCUCUAAAGCCUUGUUCUCCUUCCCUCAGUGUAUAAGGAAGUGAUCUUUCUUUCCUAGACCGG